GGUGGCUUGGGUUACAGGAGCAUCCCGCGGGUUGCGUCACCUUGUUCGACGCAACAGCUCGCCUACUACUUAGCGAUUUAGCGAGGUUAAAAUAAUGCUAAUGAGAAAAUUCCAAGUGCACACGUUAAAUAUGGUACGGUCUUAUCGUCGAAUUUAUCAUUAUAUUUCUAGCAAGAGUAUCCCUACUUAGCAAUGCAUGCACCCUGAUGCUGGGAAAUUGUAGACCACCCCCGACCGUCAAAUAGAACCCCAUUUUUAGCGCACGUCCCAGCUGUGCAGCGCCUAUCCUUGCCGCCAAAGAGGGGUCGGCUGCCAGCUGCAUUUGUAGCCUAAGGCUUCCUCGCCCGCUCUCCUCCUAGUACAGAAGACAUUUGAUGCUCCUGCGGCCUGCUACUUCUCCUCUGCCUCGUCUUGCCGUCGCCAUCCUUGUCCCCCCCCCGCCGCUGUCGUUGGCUUUGUGUCCGUUGUAGAGUCACUGAGAACCUCUAGUUACCCAAAUAAUCGUCAUGAAUUUCCGACACAACCGCGAACAGAGACCGGCGGCUGCUGCCAGCGACGAACGAACACCGCUACUGUUUCCUGGAUUGUCGAGUGAAUCGACCGUUGGCGAAUCCGAUCACCAUGCCCAGUUUUGCCACCUAGUUGGUGUUCGACCUGUCAACAAGCCGCACGAUGAGCCACACCAUCCUCACCCGGAAUCUCUAUAUGUCCGAGCUGUUAAGAGGAGGGCUGGUCAGAACCGCACAUACAUGUUUACCGCCACGCUUAUCAACUCGAUGUUGCUGGCACAGGUCGUCCUUGGAGCAUCUCUGACCGGUUUGGCGGCCACAGACAGCAGCAGGAUCCUCAUCACUGUCUUUGGUGCCCUUAACACCGUUAUUGCUGGCGUUGUGGCCUUCCUCAAGUCUAGGGGACAGCCAAUGCGAGCUCGCAUGUUCCGUGAUGACUUGGAACGUGUCGUUGACGAGAUUGAGAACUCGGCAGUAAUGUGGUACGGCAUCAGCCAAAGCGUUCACGGCUACGACGCCAUCGAUACCGAUGCCCAGGUGACGGUUCGCGGAGAAGUGGCCCGCCUUACGCGUCUCUAUGACAAGGCUGUCAAGACCAACACCAUGAACGACCCCGACAUGUACUCGGCUGGCGGUGUUGGAGACUCGUUCUCUGCCGGAUUACGAAAGGGUGGCCCUGCUCCAGGAGGAGCGGCCCCUGGCAUUACUGCUGUGGCACUCCCUCCCGCCGUCCCUGCACCUGCGCCUCCUCCUCCAGCUCCUGUCGACGACGCCGACGAUAGCCCAGCCAGCAAGGUUGUUGAAUCACCCAAAGAAUCCAAAGACAAAGGCCCGGCUACCGCUCCUGCAGAAGAGAACAAAGCAGAGGCUGCCCCUUCGCCAGCACCAGCACCAGCACCAGCCCCGGCCCCGGCUCCGCCUCCCGUUGAACCUCCCGCCGCUCCGCCUGCUGCGACUCCUGCUCCUGCUCCUGCUCCCGCCGCUGCCUCUGGACCUGACCCUGAUGAGAGCCCUGCCAGCGCUGCUGAUCCUCCUCGCAAGCACAGCGGAAGCGGUAACAACUCUCCUCAUUAAUACCACAUUAUUGCAUUUUAUGCUGCACCUACGCAGCCAUCAGUACAUCACGUCACCAUUGAUAGCGUUUUUACAUUAUAUACCAUAGCACUGCGUUUUAGUCGGAACUCUAUUUUAGCGGUACCUGAGCUAGCAGGACCACAAAGCAUCUAGCAUUAAUUUAGCCGUCGUAUUUUUUUCGCCUCCUGCCACAUUAGUGCCAAUACAGAAUUUCUAA